GGGCCCGGGGGGCGUCCGGGCUCCCCGCGGGUGGGCGGCCCGCAGCCCCUCCGGGCCACCGUCCCCUUCCAGCUCCAUCAGCGCCGCGACGGCGCCGCGCGCCCAGCGGGCACCCCCUGUGCCACGGCAGCGGAGAAGCCCGGGUGCCGCCCUCUCCCGCCCCGAGUUCGACGCACCUUCUCCCUGGACACCAUCCUGGGCUCCUACCUCCUGGGCCAGUGGCCGCGAGACGCCGACGGCCCCGGGCCCUGCUGCGUCAACGACAAGGCCACCCAGACCCCCCUGUCCUGGCCCGAGAUGGACAACGAGAAAACCAGCUCCCGCGCUCACAAGCGUUCCGCGUCCUGGGGCAGCACCGACCACCGCAAAGAGGUCGCCAAGCUGAGGCAGCAGCUGCAGAGGACGAAGCUGACCCAGAGCACCAGGGAGAAGGGGCAGAGCUGCCCGCUCCAGGGCGACCACUCCGUGCAGGCCGCCGGACGGAUGGCGACCCCGGGCCUCCCCUCGGGGUCCCCCGUCCUGCGCCUCAGCCCCUGCCUGCACCGGAGCCUGGAGGGGCUGAACCAGGAGCUGGUGGAGGCGUUCGUGACGGAGCAGGGCGACAACCAGCUGCUCAGGAUCCUGGACGUUCCGGACGGGCACCGGGCCCCGGCCCCUCCCCACGGCGGCUACGGCGACCCCGCGCUCCUGCCCCUGGAGCCCGGUAGCCCCUCCCCGGCCACCGCCCGAUCGCCCCCCCGCGCCCCCGGCCGGGCCACCCCCGACGGGCCCGCGGGCACGACGGAGGGUGCCGUGCCCGACGCCGAGGAGAACGAUCCUCCUCCCCCUCCUCCUCCCGCUCCCGCCCCUCCACCCGCCCUCCCCGCGGGCGGCGCCGGCGGGGUCCCGGGCGCCCGGGAGCCGGGCAGCCCCUCCCCGGUCCCGGCCUCGGCCUCGUCGCCCCGCCCCAAUCACAGCUGCGUCUUCAAGCGGGAGCCGCCCGAGGGCUGCGAGAAGGUCCAGGCCUUCGAAGAAGCCACGUCCCCCGGCCCCGAGCAGGCCUUCCUGCCCUCCUGCCCCGACAAGAACAAGGUCCACUUCAACCCGACGGGCUCGGCCUUCUGUCCCGUGAGCCUGGGGCGGCCGCCGUCGCGCGGGGCGGGCUUCCUUUUCCGCGGCGGCCCGGGCCCCGGCCCCGGCGCCUUCCUGGCCGCCCCCCGCACGGACCCGGAGCCGCCGGCCCUGGCCCGCCCGCCCUGGCAGCGUCCCCCGCAGGCCGAGGACGCGGCGCUCUUCCACAGCUCCCUGGUGGUCUGAGGGCCGGGGGGGUCGGGGGGGCCGGGGGAGGGGAGCCCGACGCCCGCGCGUCCCCUCCCGGUCGACCGGCCGGCGGGGUCCGGCGCCUCGCCGCCGGGAAGCCCCCCGCCUCCGGGCCCGGGACUCCUCCGAGGGCCGGCGCCGCUUGCCUCUCUGGGUCUUCAAGCACUUUGCUUCCCCUUCCCCGCCCCGGCCCCGGCCCGUAGGCGCUCGACCCGCCGCCCGCCCCGGGGGGGGGGGGGGCGCGAGGCCCGGCGGGACGGUCCGGGCCCCCCGCCCUCACCCGCCACGGCCGCCCGCCUCUCUCAUCCCCCCCGCCCCGACCUCCUCGGGCCCCUUCGGGGGGCCGGCGGCGGCGGGGGGCCGCCCCGCUCCCCCCCGACCCCGGCGUCCCCCGGAGGAGGCCGAGCGGGACCCCGCCCCCGUGCCCGCCCGGUGGGCGGGCGGUGCCCGCGGGACGUUCGCUCCCCGCCUCCGCGCGGGACCUGGUCCCCCGGGGUCGGGGCGGGGAGGUGGUCCGCGGCCCCCCGUCCCCCUCC